GCAGACUGUACAUGAACAUUUUGCCCUGCCGCGAGGCUUAGAGCUGCCUGAUCUCUGAAUUAUACUGUUUUUAUUGCUGAAACGCUUCAAAAUGAAGUUUGUUCGGUUUAUUAUGAAGAAUUCUGCUCUGGCCAAUGUGCCAAAACACAUCGAGCACUUCUCAAAAUUUUCGCCGUCUCCGCUGUCCAUGAAGCAAUUUCUUGAUUUCGGUUCCACAAAUGCAUGCGAGAAAACUUCGUUCGUUUUCCUGAGACAAGAGCUCCCUGUCCGUCUGUCCAACAUCAUGAAAGAAAUCAACUUGCUCCCAGACAGACUCCGCACUACUCCCUCUGUUCAGAUGGUGCAGAGCUGGUAUGUUCAGAGUUUGAUGGAGCUUCUCGAGUUCUUGGAGAAAAGUCCUGAAGAUCACGGUGUUUUGGCAGAGUUUGUGGAAACACUGGUGAAUAUCAGAAACAGACACAAUGACGUUGUGCCUACCAUGGCCCAAGGUGUGAUCGAGUACAAAGAGGCUUUCGGUCAAGAUCCGCUCACUAACCAGAACAUACAGUACUUCAUGGACCGAUUCUACAUGAGCCGAAUAUCCAUCCGUAUGCUCAUUAACCAGCACACUCUUGUAUUUGAUGGAGCCACAAAUCCUCUUCAUCCAAACACCAUCGGCAGUAUUGACCCUCACUGUCACGUGACAGAAGUUGUAAAAGAUGCCUUUGAGAGUGCCAAGAUGUUGUGUGACCAGUACUACCUCAGCUCCCCUGACCUUCUGCUGCAAGAGCUCAACAUUAACCACAGGAACCAGUCUAUUAGCAUAGUGUACGUGCCUUCUCAUCUCUACCAUAUGCUGUUUGAGUUAUUCAAGAACGCAAUGAGAGCAACUAUUGAAAACCACAAUGAAGGUGCAAAUCUUCCACCAAUUGAAGUUAUGGUGGCUAUUGGAGGAGAGGACCUUUCCAUCAAGAUGAGUGACAGGGGUGGUGGUGUACCUUUCAGGAAGAUAGAGAAUCUUUUCAGCUAUAUGUACUCCACAGCCCCAACUCCUCAGCUCAGCCAGGAACACAGAACUCCUCUGGCUGGCUUUGGUUAUGGGCUGCCUAUCUCCCGCCUCUAUGCAAAAUAUUUCCAGGGAGACCUCCAGCUCUACUCUAUGGAAGGAUAUGGCACUGAUGCUGUCAUUCACUUGAAGGCUUUAUCCACUGAUUCAGUGGAGAGGCUCCCAGUGUAUAACAAGACAGCUCUGCGUAACUACACAGUGAGCCAGGGGGCAGACGAUUGGUGUGUGCCCAGCAAAGAGCCUCUGGACCUGGCAGUGUUCCGGCUAGCCAAGUGAAGAGUGACCACCUGCCUAGAGCCUUCUGGCUGAAUUAAGUACAGUCAUAUAAUACUGGCGCUCUGACACUGGGACCAGAGACAGUAACACGGCGCUUGUGUGAAGCUCUCACUGUGAAGCCGGACUCUCACUAUGAAGCCUUACAGUUGGUCUCGUAGCUCUAGUUACGCAUGCAAUGGAUUUUUCCUGUGCACCAAAAUCAUGAGGAUUUGUCUUCUUUCUUGUUUUUUUUUUUUUUAAUAUCUUAAGUGUCAAAGUGUUACCUGUAGACAAAGCAUGCAUGAGUGAGAGUGACCAGUCGAAGUGGUCUGGUGCAUUAUGAGAGGGCCAGAUGUGGAGAAAGAAUCACAAUGAGCCUGAACCGCUAACCUUGUUAGUCAGCAGAUGGAGAGCAGCCUGACCCUCAAGGGUGGAUGCUGGGAUCAAUAUUUGAUAUCAGGCCUGUGUAAAGCAAUUUGUGACAGCAUGGAUACAAAGUGUCACAAUGAGGGAACCAACAUCGAAUAUGCCUAAUACAGUUGGGGAAGAGAACACUAGAGGGAGUGUGUUGUUGCAAAUACCAUCAGACAUGAGAAGAAGGCAGUGUUAUACGUGGUAACACACAACCUGGAGUGCUCUGUAGCUUUUAUUGCAGUUUAGCAAAGUAAGAAGUAAAGCAAAGAAGCUACUGCUAAAGAUAAUCUCAAGUCUAGGAUUUAAAUAUUGGCAGCUUCUUCUGCCCAAAAAGGAAGUUCCAACAACUUGGAGUAGAACAACCAUUGUUGUUACUUGGCAACCAGUGGUUAGCAGAAUGGUACAUUUAUAGUGGAAAGAAAAGCUGGGUAGAACAUGGGUAGAACAUUUGCAUAAUAAGUUAUGAAAGACUGUAAAAUGAUAAAUCAGUUUUAAAUGUGCAUUCGAUAUUUCAUCAUUUCCAUAUGUAGGAGUCAGAUGUGAAGACAGUUGCACAAAUACGUGAGCUAUCUACCAGUGAUUAGAAGGAAAGAGGACCAUAUUCAGUGGCCAGAGUACCUCUGGGGUCAUGAGACCUGAUGAUAUCUCAUUGUCACACAUGAUGACACUUGAGUCAAUAGUAUUUAUAUACAGAGAGCAGACAGGAAAGUUUCAAAUGGAAAGUAUAUUGAACCCAUUAAGUGUUUAUUGCAGUCUGUGUCCUAUAUUAAGAGUGUUUUUUCACUGCAUGUCGCCAAAUCAGUCAAGUCAUCCCUGAUUUGUUAUUACUGCUUUGUUUAAGAGGAUUUGAAUGUCUUGAUGUGACUACAGCUAAUUACCCAUCACCUCAUUAUUUUCAUGACUGAAAACACUAUUAACGCUUUAGGUGGUCCUGUUUUGAGUUUUUUCAAAACUAUUAUCUCUUGUUUAUGAGUUCAUUUUUACAUAUUUUGGCUAAUGUUAGACAUCUCAGCAAGAGCAAACAUCACAACCAUCCGGCGUCUUUCACGCCAGAGAGAGGCCUUAUUUGUUUUAUUUGUGUUAUGUAUAACACUUCAUUCUAUUUGUGCCGUUUUGCUCAUAUUUAUUUCAUGUAAACUUAUGUAAACAUACUCAAGGAAGGGGAUUUUCUUCCAAUUGAUCUUUGUACCUCCUUUUUUAGAAACAUACAAUAUAUGUCAAGCAUGAACCAUGCAAGCCUUUGAGGACCAUAUUUAUAUGCACUUUUGAUUUUAUAUGAAAGUUUUAACUCCCUAUGAACUGUAUGAGAGUUAAUAUUUUUGUAAACAUUUUUUUCCAUUGUAUCUCUGUCAGAUGUACAUAUAAUGGAAAUAAACAUAACAUUUCAUUGAA